AUGGUUGCAGCUGCAGAAUUUGCAAAGCAUAUCAAAUCCCCAAUCAACUGCGAACAGCAUAAAGAGAUGGGGUUUAUAAUGGAGUUUGCGGAAAAUUUGAUACUCCGGAUGAUGGAGGAUCCUAAGGAGAGGGAUAUGAAGUUUAGGGAGCAUUUGUACGAUUUGAAGGACAGAUGCCAGAAGACCAAGGAAAUGUGGAGCCUGCCUCUGCGUCCCUACGGCUUCUGGAAUUUUGAUCGCCAUAAUGCACAAAUUUUUUCCCUAAGAAUACUAGCGCAGCCUCUUCCUCCUCUAAGUAAUUGGAAGGGCAGAAGCAGUUCGUGA